CUAAAAGGCUCUACUAGUGGAUCUAGCCAUGCACAAUCAAAUUUUUAACUGCUAGAAACCAUCCUCUUAAAUAACCUUCCCUUUUGUGUAUGUACUUCGAACACUAUUAAGAGACAACGACACGAAAAAGAGAAACAAGUGGCACACUAUUCAAUCGUAUGACUUUGACAACAGUACGUUUCUUUUAUGCUCCACGGUGCUGCACUUUCUCCGUAAAACACAAAAAACAACGUUACACUUCAAAAUGCACUUUCGAUUCUUUUUUGUCGUCGUAAUGUGAAAUUGCAAUGUUGUCAACAAGCUAUCUUUAUCAGUAAAUCUUGCACGCUACUCCGUGACCAGCACCUUUGAAUCUGGUUCGACCUUUUAUGCAUGCCAACUUCAUUUAUUUGUCUUGAUACCUUGAUAAGUUGGGAAACAUUCCUUGCUUGUUGUGGCUUGCAUCAAUUCUGCACCAUGUAGAAUAUCGUUGCCUUGACCACCAUCACUUUCAAGCCAAAAUAUAUAUUGAACAGAAAGAGUUGUUUUGUUAACGAAAGUGCAAACAUGGCAGAAGAACUUAACCACUCUCUGGAAUACACACCAACAUGGAUUGUUGCGGUUGUUUGCUGCAUAAUUGUUUUCAUCUCCCUUUGUGUUGAACGUGCCCUUCACAAACUCGGAAACUACCUAAAGAGAAAAGGUCAGAACGCACUGUAUGAAGUCUUGACAAAAUUGGAAGAAGAAUUGAUGCUUUUAGGGUUCAUUUCCCUUUUGUUAACCGUCUUUCAAGGUUUAAUAAGCGACAUUUGCAUCUCACCAAACCUUGCAACCCAAAUGCUUCCAUGCAAAAGGCCUCAUAGGUCUUCAGAAGGUUCAGCGCAUUAUCAGAUAUACUAUGAUGCUAUAAUAAACAGAAGGAGGCUUUUGUCUAGUGGUUCUGGUUCAGAUCAUUGUACACAUAAGGGUAAGGUUCCACUGUUAUCAUUGGAAUCUUUACAUCAGCUUCACAUUUUUAUCUUUGUAUUGGCCGUUGUACAUGCAAUAUUCUGUGUCACAACAAUGCUUCUUGCAGGUGCAAAGAUGCGGGAAUGGAAGGUAUGGGAGGAUCAUUAUCGAGAUCACAGUGAAGCAAUAGAUAAACAUGAGUUCUUCAAAGAAAAAAGUCGAGGAUAUUGGAGAAAAGCAGCUGUUAUUAGUUGGCUGAUAUCAUUCUUCAAGCAAUUUCAUGGCUCUGUUACAAAGUAUGACUACUAUGCACUUCGGUAUGGAUUUGUCAAGAAACACCACUCAAAUAACCCCAACUAUAAUUUUCAUAAUUACAUGCUGAGGACACUUGAAGUAGACUUCAAAAGAGUUGUUGGUAUCAGCUGGUACCUUUGGGUUUUUGUUGUGCUGUUUUUGCUGUUGAACAUUGAAGGAUGGCACACUUAUUUCUGGUUAGCCUUUUUACCCUUGAUACUUCUACUUCUGGUGGGGGCAAAGUUGGAGCACAUAAUCGCUCGUUUGUAUCAGGAUUCAAUAGACAUGUUGGGAAGAGAUGAUGACAAAUCAGUGAAGCCAUCAGAUGAAUAUUUCUGGUUUACCAGCCCUCUCCUAGUCCUCCACUUACUUCACUUCAUUUUGUUUCAAAACUCUUUUGAGAUUGCAUUUUUCUUCUGGAUUUGGUGCACAUAUGGAUUUGAUUCAUGCAUUAUGGAGAAAGUAACCUACGUUAUCCCAAGACUUAUAAUGGGGUAAUAUACCCUUUCAAUGUGAAAAUGAAAAACCAUAACUUGAAUACUUUUGCUAUAUUAUGUGCUAUGUUUUAAUCUCACUGCUUAGAGAGGUAAUGUGUCAUGCAGUGUAAUUGUUCAAGUGCUUUGCAGUUAUAGCACCUUGCCUUUGUACACUAUUGUGACUCAGAUGGGUAGUGAAAGCAAACCGCAUUCCAACUGCAUGAUCAAAGAAUCAACCCAAACUGAUGAACAAGCAAUAAUCAUGGUGGAAGAUG